UUUAAUAAAAAUAAAAUGGACAAGGACCUAGAUGACACCACUACAAUAAAAACUAAGACCAGUAAAUCCAAAAAAGACAAGAAGGACAAAAAGGACAAGAAAGACAAGAAGGAUAAGAAGGAAAAGAAGGAUAAGAAGGAAAAGAAAGAUAAAAAGGACAAAAAAUCUAAACGGGAUAAAAGUGAAAAGUCCGUCACUAACAUAGCUGAAUCUCCUGAGAAGAAGACUAAAGAGAAGCCUCCUAAGAAGAGUAAUACUAAAGUAAAAAUAAUUGAUCCAAAAGACAAAAAUUACUUCGAAGGUUUAAAUGAAGUAAAAGAAUACCAAAAGUCUCUUUCUCCUCGAAGAAAACGGUUGCCUGCUCAUUGUUCUAAAGGUGCCAAAGAAUGUGUGCAGUGCUACUUUGCCAGCAAUGAUAUUCAGAUCCACCCUGAAGUUCUUGACAUCUCAAAUAAAAUUAAGAUUGAAGUUGAAGAAAAGGUUUCAAAGAAGAUCAAUAACGAAAUCCAGAUUCCAGCAGAAACUACUGAUAUUGACUCUGUCAUUGCCAGAGAGAAUGAAAUCGAGAUUAAGAAGAUGGAAAAAGCUCUCGAGGCCGAUCCUGACUAUCAGGAGUAUAAGCAGUUUAUUGAAGAAAAUCCUGAUAGAAAGAUGGAGCUACUAGCUUGUAGGCUCCAAGGAAAGAAACCUAACGCCGAUCUUAGUAAAGUAUUAAAUAACUCAGCUAUGAAACCAUUCAAAUAAAGUCCAGAUGUACUCUCCUGAAGAAAUAGAAGGAUCGCUUAAUAACACCUUUACCGGAAAGAAUGGCACUCUCCAAGGAACUAGAGCUUUUUCAGAUUUUAGAUCUCCUACCACUAAAACAUCUUUAUUCUCAGUCUCUACUCGACACAAUCGGUAUAAGGAUACUAAGCUUUCAGUACCGAGCCACCUUGAGCCGCCUCCUAAGGACUAUCAGAAGAACAUCAAAGUCAUUAAGAAGCUCCAAAGUGAGAAAAAGAAGCGAGAGCAGGUCAUCAAAUACGUUCAGGAAAAACAAAUGAAGAAGAGUCAAAUUGAAGUCCAGAAGAAAGAGAAGGAACAGGAGCUUCUCAAACUAGAGCAUGAGAAAGAAGUCCAACAGUGGAAAGACAAGCUUAAGCAAAGAGUUAAUGAACGGAAGGAGCUCAGGAAAAAGAACUUGAUCGAGAGCGAGCAGAAGAUCAAAGAGCUUAAGAAACAAACCCCUCUGUUUAAGUCACUUGAAAGAAAGUACUUCACUGAUUUUGAGAUACCUGAACUCCAGCAUCGUAAGAAGGCUCUUGAAGAAAUGAGAAAUAUGCCAAACCAUUCCAAAGUGGACAUCGAGAACAUCAAGAAGCACUCUCUUUAUUACGAGAAGCUCAGGAAGAAGAAGCUAGAAGAACGCAUCCAAUCCAGGAUGGAAAUCAUCAAGUCUCAAACAGAUAUUUCCAAGAAGUUACAGACAAAUACAUACCAACGCAUGAAGCUUAGGGAUGAAAUGGAAAUCAGUGUGGCUGAAGAGAAGAAAAUGGAGAGGUUAAAACUCAUCCAGAGUACUAAGAACUAUGCUAAGAAUGUGAAUGAUAUUUACAAACCUUCUAUUUCCACUAGAAAGCAGAGUGAGAUGAAGAGACUUAUCGAGGAAAUCGAUAAACCUGCUAAAGACAAGAUUAAUAAGAUAAAGUACGAAAGGAGCGCCAACUCUAUCUUAAAUAGGCCGAAUAUCUUAAAAACUAUUGACUCAGGAAGCAGCAGAGUUCGGGGAGGAAAUGAUACUAUCCAGAUGUCUGAUCUGUCUAGGCUUAACGAUAGUAACACUGGCAGUCCAAAGGAUGGCAAUAGACGUAGAGUAAAAGAUUCUAUAGAAAAUAGUUAUUACGAUGAUGAUCUUGAGAUAGUUCCAGAACGCUCCCCUAACUCAAAAAUGUACUCUAAAACUCCUAAGAGACUUCAGCAAAGAAGUAGGUCUAGUCUGAGGAAUACUGAGAGGAAGCGACUGAAGAAUCACUCUUUCAACCAGAACGAUAGCUAUGAACCAAAGCCCUUUAUAAAAUAUGAUUAUCUUGCUGAAGUAAGGAAUAAGAAGCAAGAGAAAGGUGCAUAUAACUAUAAAGCUAAUAAUUUCUGGAAAUCCGACAUCCACGAUCUAUCCAAAUCAACUGUUGACAAAUACCACAACAUCAAGUAUAAAACAAGUGAUCUAGAGUGGAAGGCCAAGAUGAAGGAGGACAAAUUUGUAAUGUCUCAGCCAGACGGCAAGUACAAGGACGAUGUGAGCUCCAUGUACAUUGACGCUAUUAAAGCCAAAGCAGCCUUCUUGUCAAGCCUUUAGUAUUAAAAAUAUUCAAAA